CAACUUUAGCAGAAGCAUGGCAAACGAACCUGCGAGCUUCUGGACUCAAGCAAACGCUCUCCUUAGAAAGAAUUUAACGUUUCAGAAGCGAAAUGUUAAAACAAACGUUCGACUCAUCAUGUUCCCGUUCCUGCUGUGUCUGUUGCUGGUUCUGCUUCAACGCCUAGUGGAUUCUCAAUUGGAUAAGGCAGAGAACAAGUGUGGGUGCGAGUGUGUGAGGAGAGAAGGGGACACGUGUGUGGAGGAGGAGUGCGGGAUUGAGCAUUCGGAUUUGGACCAAGUGACAACCUGCGCCAUUCCAAAUCCUCCAGAAUGGUCUCCUCUGUUGCAGGUGCCGGCUCCGCAGUACCGAGCUGUGAGAACGGACAAUUUUCCCUUUUCCGAUUAUCCAAACGCCUCCUGCAGGAGGAAUGGCUCCUGUCCUGUCACUAUGCUCUUCACUGGGACUAAUCAGUCUUUUGGAGAAAUUAUAUCUGGGAAUAUGAUCCCAAGUUCCUUCACUGCUAUAAACAGCUCUGCUGUUAUGGCUAGUUUGGCAGCAAAUGUCGCUGGAUCAGCCUCAUAUACAGAAAACACCAAUUUUCUGGAACCUGCUUUCUUUUCGGAUCAACCUAUUUAUUAUCUUCAAAGUCAGUGCACGCAGAACUCUACAUUUUCCAUUUCUUUUGAGCUAUCCGCAGCUAUUAGCAGAGAACAAGAGUUAGUAUGCGCCGAGGGCUUACGUUUAUGGCGUAAUAGUGCUUCUGAAGUGAACAAUGAGCUAUAUAGAGGUUAUCGGAAAAGUAACCUAGAGGAACAAAUCCAAGAGAUAGCUACAGGUUAUGAUUUUUUGAAUUCAAAUGGGAGAAUGUUUAAUGUCAGCAUAUGGUACAACUCCACCUACAAAAACGACACUGGUUCUUCUGAAAUUGCAUUGGCGCGUAUUCCUCGUUCUGUUAAUUUGGUAUCAGACGCCUAUCUGCAGUUUCUGUUGGGACCUGGUACCAAAAUGUUUUUUGAGUUUGUAAAGGAAAUGCCAAAACCUUCAACCCCAAUUAAAUUUGAUUUGGCUUCUCUUUUGGGUGGUCUGUUCUUUACAUGGGUUAUCCUGCAACUUUUCCCUAUUGCCUUGACAUCGCUUGUAUAUGAGAAGCAACAAAGAUUAAGAAUCAUGAUGAAAAUGCAUGGUCUUGGUGAUGGGCCAUAUUGGAUGAUUUCGUAUGGUUAUUUUCUGGCCUUAUCAAUUGUCUACAUGCUGUGUUUUGUGAUAUUUGGCUCACUCGUAGGUAAGAAUGCAACCAGUGUGACUAUUUUCUUUCUGUCGUUUUUUCCGUUUCUCUUUGAUACAACUGCGUGGUUUUUUUCAGGGUUGAAUUUCUUCACAAUGAAUGACUACAGCAUCCAAUUCGUGUUUUAUUUCAUCUAUAUAAAUUUACAAAUUGCACUGGCUUUUUUAUUGGCUUCCGUGUUUUCAAAUGUUAAAACUGCUACAGUAAUUGCAUAUAUAGGUGUGUUUGGAACUGGGCUAUUAGCGGGCUUUCUUUUCCAAUUUUUUGUUCAAGACACAUCAUUUCCAAGAGGGUGGAUCAUUGUUAUGGAGCUGUAUCCUGGGUUUGCUUUAUAUCGUGGGCUAUAUGAGUUUUCGCAAUAUUCCUUUAAUGGUGACGCUUUGGGGACUGAUGGUAUGCGCUGGGGCGAUCUGAGCGAUAGCGAAAAUGGCAUGAAGGAGGUCUUAAUUAUAAUGUUUGUGGAGUGGAUUUUGGUGCUUUCCUUUGCCUAUUAUAUCGAUCAACUUUUGUCAACAGGAAGCAGAAAAAGUCCUCUUUUUUUCUUUAAAAGAUUUCAGAAAAAGCCUCAUUCAUCUUUUCGGAAGCCUAGUAUCCGAAGGCAGAAAUCCAAGGUUUUUGUUCAGAUGGAGAAACCUGAUGUCGCUCAAGAGAGGGAGAAGGUGGAGCAACUGCUACUUGAACCGACCAUCAAUCAAGCAAUUGUAUGUGACGACCUGAGAAAGGUCUACCCGGGGAGAGAUGGUAACCCUGAGAAACUUGCGGUCAGGGGGUUGUCCCUUGCUUUACCCCAAGGAGAAUGCUUUGGUAUGCUUGGUCCCAAUGGUGCUGGGAAGACUUCUUUUAUCAAUAUGAUGAUUGGUCUCACGAAGCCAACCUCUGGUACAGCAUUUGUUGAAGGUCUUGACAUAAUAACUCAUAUGGAUGGAAUAUAUACUAGCAUGGGUGUAUGCCCACAACAUGAUUUGCUGUGGGAAUCUCUGACAGGAAGAGAGCAUCUACUCUUUUAUGGCAGACUUAAAAAUCUUAAAGGUUCAGCCUUGACAGAAGCAGUGGAAGAAUCGUUGAAAAGUGUAAACCUUUUUUAUGGAGGAGUUGCAGAUAAAAAAGCUGGAAAGUACAGCGGAGGAAUGAAAAGGAGGCUUAGUGUCGCAAUUUCAUUGAUUGGAGAUCCUAAGGUUGUUUAUAUGGAUGAACCAAGUACUGGAUUAGACCCUGCAUCAAGAAACAACUUAUGGAAUGUCGUCAAGCGUGCAAAACAAGAUCGUGCAAUCAUUCUUACCACACAUUCCAUGGAAGAGGCAGAAGUCCUAUGCGAUCGAUUGGGAAUAUUUGUAGAUGGAAGCUUGCAGUGCAUAGGAAACCCAAAGGAGUUGAAAGGUAGGUAUGGAGGAACCUACGUGUUCACAAUGACAACAUCUGUGGAUGAUGAAAAGGCUGUAGAGAAUUUGGUGCGAAGGCUUUCCCCAAAUGCUAACAAGAUCUACCAUAUCUCUGGUACACAAAAGUUUGAGCUACCAAAGGAGGAUGUUAAAAUAGCAGAUGUAUUCAAAGCAGUUGAGACUGCAAAAAGAAGCUUCACCGUUUCAGCAUGGGGUUUAGCUGACACCACAUUGGAAGAUGUCUUCAUCAAAGUUGCACGUGCGGCUCAGCCAUUUGACACCUUGUCAUAGUUUCAUACUCUGCUUGUACAGGAUUUUGUUAGUUUUUCCAUCUAAUUAUCACCACAAAUUUUUUAAUAAUAUUUUGA